AAUGAUUCGUCUAACUCAAAGCAAAUCAGUGGCACGCUUUUCUGGAGCUCUAUGGGGACCUAUUCAUGAAAGACCAAUUGUUGAUAGAGUAAUGUCUACAUCAUAAUGGCCAGUCCCAUACUAUUAAAGAAUCUUUAAGGCAUAUCCUGUUAGAUGUAAAAUGUUAUUAAGAAAAAAGAAAAUAAAUAAACUUGGGCAAUGAAUUUAGCUGGAGCAGAAAUUCAUGAUAUCAAUUGGUAUUGCGCAAAGCAAGCUUUAAGCAGAACUCUUAAAGGAAGAUAAGCUGUUGAAUAUGUAGAAAAUAAUAUCCCAACUUAAAGUAUAUAAUUUCAUAUAAAAUAAGGUUACAUUGUUAUUUAAAAGGAUGUUUCAAGAAUGGCAAAAGCAUAUGUUAGUGAUUUAAGUCUUUUCCUAAGUGUGGCAAAUAAGGAAAGCAAAGUCAUAUUAGACUCUGUUGAAUUGAUUUGAA